AUGGACAAACAGUCUCCAGUGUGGUGUAUUACCGGUGCGAGCUCUGGUUUUGGGCGCGAAAUUGCACUCUCAGCCCUCCUGCGCGGCCACCGAGUCAUCGCAACCGCCCGUGACACCUCCAAGAUCCCAGACAUCGAGCAAAAGGGUGCCUGUGUCCUGGCCCUCGACGUAUCAGAUCCUUUUGAAAAACUCAGCGAGUUUGCCUCGACCGCAAUCCAGGUCUAUCAUCGCGUGGACUACCUGAUCAACGCCGCCGGUUACAUCCUCGAGGGCGCAGUAGAGGAGGCUACCCCGGAAGAAGUGCAGCGGCAGUUUGCAGUCAAUGUUUUUGGUACAACAAAUGUCAUUCGGGCAUUCCUUCCCCAUCUUCGUGCGCAGUCGGUGUUAUCUGAAAUUGGCGAGCAAGUACACAUGCAGGGUCAUCGUGCGACCAUAGCCGUCUUUGGUAGUCUAGGCUCGUGGGUCGGCGGGGCAAGCUAUGCAUUCUACGCUAUGACAAAAUCGUGCAUGUCUUUACUUGCAGAGUCUCUUAAAGAAGAGCUGGCUCCAUUUGACAUCCAGGCUACCGUGAUAGAGCCGGGGUACUUCCGAACGGGGCUUCUUAAUCCCGGAGCCAAGGUAUCGACUGUGAACAGGAUCCUCGCGUAUGAGGAUGAGAUAACUCCAUCGGGGCGAGUGCGUAAAGGUCUGGAGGCCCAUAAUGGUCAUCAGCUUGGUGACGUAAAGAAGGGGGCCUUGUUGUGUGUCGAUAUUCUCACUUCGUCGGGCAUUGCGGAGGGCAGAGACUUGCCUUUGAGAAUUGUUCUGGGCAGUGACUGUGUGGAUGCCAUCAGAAAUAAGUGCACAUCCACUCUCAACCUGAUAGAAUCCUGGGCGGAGAUAUCUGUCCAGUCGGAUUAUGUGUGA